UGUAUUUAUGAAAGAUACAGAUUUUUAAUUUCAUGCAUGAAAACGUUCAAUUUAAUGUAAAUUCAGUUCAAUACAAAUUAAUUGUUACCAAACUAUAAAUUGAAGCAAAAUCAACAAAAAAAUUAAAGUGACACAAAAAUGGCUACCAUCAUUGUUCCUAAGGACUUUUCUCCUGUUGAAGAUGCAGAAUAUAUCAAGAAGGCUUGUUUAGGGUGGGGAACGGAUGAGAAGGCAAUAAUAUCAAUUUUAGGGCAUAGAAAUUCAUUUCAAAGGAAGCUUAUUAGGCUAGCUUAUGAAGAGAUUUAUCAAGAGGAUCUUAUCAUUCAGCUUCAAUCUGAGCUAUCCGGAGAUUUUGAGAGAGCAAUAAGCUUGUGGACAUUGGAGGCAGCUGAUCGAGAUGCUGUAUUAACUAAUGAGGCUCUACAAAAGACAACACCUGAUUACAGGGUCAUAAUUGAGGUUUCUUGUGUUAAAUCUCCUGAAGAACUUUUAGCUUUAAAGCGUGCUUACCGCUUUCGCUACAAGCAUUCGUUGGAAGAAGAUGUCGCCUCUCAUUUCUCCGGCGACAUUCGGAAGGUUUUGGUUGCACUAGUGAGUGCAUAUAGGUAUGAUGGGCAUGAAAUUGAUGAGAAGGUUGCUCAUUUGGAAGCUGAUGUUCUUCAUGAUGAUAUCUACACAAAAGCCUUUAAUCAUGAUGAAUUAAUCAGAAUAUUAAGUACAAGGACCAAAUCACAACUUAUGGCAACUUUCAACUAUUACAAAGAUAAAUAUGGGACUUCCAUCACCAAGGGCUUGUUGAGUGAUCCAACUGAUCAAUACUUAGCGGCAUUUCGUAUGGCGAUCAGGUGCAUUAGAGACCCUAAAAAAUAUUUUGCAAAGGUUUUACGCAAUGCAGUUAACAAGGAGGACACCGACGAGGAUGCACUGAGCCGUGUGAUUGUGACACGUGCAGAGAGGGAUUUGCAGGAGAUUAAAGAGUUGUAUUUUAAGAGAAACAGCAACUCUCUUGAAGCUGCUGUGGAAAGUGAAACUUCAGGAGAUUACAAGGCAUUUCUUUUAGUCUUGUUGGGGGAAGAAAAUAAUAAUUAAAUUAUUAAUUUACUAAUUUAAUAAUAAAUUCAAACUUUCUAGUUGGUAGAAAUUUUAAUUCUUGAAAUUUAAUUUGAUGUAGUUGGGAUU